UAGAGGAAGCUGGGACUGGUGGGAGCUGAGAGAAGAAAAGGCUGCUUUUGUGCCGCUAUGGUAACUGGAGGUUCUGCAGUUUGAGGCCUGAAAGGGGGACCUACUGCUGCUGCUGCUAUUACUACUGAAUGAGGUUUAAUUUUUCUUGUGGAAAAGUAUUCUCUUAUAUUGAGAUGGCAUUUGCACCUCCCAAAAACCUAGAUGGGCCCAAAAUGCAGACAAAAAUGAGUACCUGGACACCUCUAAACCAUCAGAUUUUGAAUGAAAAGAUAUUUGAAGAAAGAAGAAUCCUACUUGGAAAAUGGUUUGAUAAGUGGACAGAUGCUCAGAGGAGAAGAAUCUUGAUAGGCUUGUUUGAGCAGUGCUCUGUGUCACAGCAAAAAUUCUGUAGUCGACAACUUCAACAAAGAAUUCCAGCAGAAGCAGUGGAUUUCACGACCAAGCUGCCUCGGGUGUUGUCUUUGUACAUCUUUUCUUUCCUAGACCCACGAAGUCUCUGUCGAUGUGCACAGGUGAGCUGGCACUGGAAGAACUUGACUGAAAUGGAUCAGCUCUGGAUGCCCAAGUGUUUGCGUUUUAAUUGGUGCAUCAAUUUCUCUCCAACCCCUUUUGAACAAGGGGUGUGGAAGAAGCACUAUAUUGAGAUGGUGAAAAUACUUCAUAUUUCUAAGCCCAAGACUCCACCAAAAAAUGAUUUUAUGGCUACUGACAUUCAGGCAGCAUCAGGUGACCCUAAGGGGGUGAAGCAAUCCCCUUCAUCUGCCCUUCAUUCCUCCUGCUCAUUUAGGAAGAAGACUAACCGAGGGGAAAAGGAUCUUCCACCAUGGCGUUCUUCUGAUAAACAUCCCACUGAUAUCAUUCGGUUCAAUUACUUAGACAACUGUGAUCCCAUUGAACAAGCCUGGCAGGUAAAGAAGAAAGGAAGUGAACAGGCCUCAGAUUUCAACCGACAAUCACAUAACAAGAAAAAUAAAUUUCAAGACAGAUCCAAGCUGAGAAAAGCACAAUCACUGAAAAGAGAAAAAAUGAAUUUCUUCCAAGAACCACCAGGAGCACAGAGGAAUCUUUCCAUCUGUCCCUCUUGCCUAAGUAUGAUGUGAAAAACAAAACACUUAAAAUUCGGAGAGUGUGUUUAGUCAUAUUUUUUCCAGUCAGUGAUUCUUGCUCGUUCUGGCUCUACCUAGGGACUCUCCCUUUCUCAGAACAAACCUGGCUUUGCUAGCAUUUAAACAGCAACAUUUUCCUCCUCCUCCUUAUUAAUAUCAACAAACAUUCAUUAAGUCCUGCUCCUUACCAAUUUAGUAAAACCUGCUUACAUUCCUUUGAAAGUCUUAAAGAACUCAAAGUCAUCUCUGGAUCCCUUGGUAAAAUCUGCCAUAAUCUCUGAUCUCAUAAUCUGCAUUGGGAAAAAAAAUCACAUGGAUGAAGAUUGUACAUGGUCCAGAUUUUGACAUGCUCAUAUCUUGGACAGGCAUUACAGACAGAGACUGAACUGAACCUGGAAGGAACUUGAAGGAGAAAAAGCUGGAGUACAUUUAGAAAACUGCAAUGCUUUCAAUAAUCCCAAAAUGCUCUGUGCCACCCAAGUCCAUUUUUAACAUAUUUUCCUGAUAAUUCUUUAUAGCUGCAAAUUCCAGGGCAUGAUGAUCUAAAAAGAACCAGUAUUUUAGGUGAUCCAAAGAGUUGUGGAAGAUUCAAGAAGUGCCAUCAAGGAUCACAAUGAAAGUUGGAUGACCAGAAAAAGAAGUGAAUCCCAUCUCUAACACAUAUAACUAUGUGACCAUGGAUAAUCCAAAACUCAUUAAGCCUGAUCUAUAAAACAGGAAUAAUGCUAGGUGAGGUACCUCUUUCACAAGGUAGUUAUAAAUAUAAAAUGAAAUAAUGUAUAUGAAACACUUUGCAAACCUUAAGUGCUACAUAAACUUCUGUGAUUGUUGUAUAUAUAUCAGGAAUAAAAACUAAUUGAUAGAUUGCCCAAGUAUUAUUGCACUUGUAUCAGAGGAAGGCCUCUGGUACAUUGAAUAGAUCUUCUAUGGAGAUUUUUUGUAAAGACAUAGACAAGAAUUGCACAAGAUGGGAUGGCAUUGUUGGGUUGCUGAAUCAUCAGGAAGAGUUAUUCAUAUCAGUGAGAUCUUAUAUCAGUGGAUAUAUCAAGAAAUAAACUUCACUUAACUCAUCUGACUUUUU